CGAAGACGUACAGCGGAAAGUCGUGGCUGUGGAGAAAUUCGUGCUCAAUUCGUGUUCCAGUGGUUCUGAGCGAGGUCCUGGGUUCAAUUCGCCUUCCACGUCGUGGCACUGUCGACGUUGCGAUUGCAAGCUUCUGAUCGCUCGGCAGCGAUCUCCCGCAUCCCUCGACCAGCCGCGUCAGACGCGUGGACCCCUCACACAUGCCCGCGACAACGCACCCCCCGCGCACAGCAUGCCAGGGCGACUGCCCACUCCGGCCGACUUCCCGUCUACGGUGGUCCUGAGCAUCACGCCCGCGCCCGCCUCGCAGCAACCCACCAACAUCCUCAUCCUCGUGCACGGCCUCGGCGACACCCACACCUCCUUCACGCGGCUGGGGCAGCAGCUGAACCUGCCCGAGACAGCAUGCAUCGCCAUCCAAGCCCCCGCCCCGCUGCCCUUUGACCUCGGCGGCUUCCACUGGGGCGACGACAUGGUGUUCGACCAGCACACGGGCGCAAUGGACACAGACACGGGAUUCCGCGCUGCGACGCGUAUCGUGCUUGACCGCGUGAUUCGCGAGGGACUGAUGCGCGGGUGCGGAUACAAGGCGCGCGAGAUCGUUGUCUUUGGGUUCGCGCAGGGCGGUAUGGUCGGGCUGCAGGUCGCCGUCGAGCUUGGGGAGGAACUGGGCGGUGUUGUUAGUAUUGGGGGCCGGCUCCCGGCGUCGCUGGAGCUAAAGGCCAGGAAGAGCAGGACGCCUGUCUUGGUUUGCCGGGCGGUGCGGGCGUCGGCGGUCACGGAUAGUGCUGUGGCGAAGAUGAAGGAUGCGUUUGAGUUUGUUGAGAUUAGGGACUGGAAGAAGAAUGGCGAUGGGAUGCCGAGUAGUAGGGAGGAGAUGUUGCCGGUUAUGCAGUUCUUCGCUCGCAGACUCCGGAGUACGAGGGGUGUGCCGGCUGGGAGCGUGGAGCUUAGUUGAUCGAGGCGCUAGUUCACGUCUACGUUCUCACCAUCCAAGGGGAGGAUUGAAUUCAUCUGCACGACUACGUUCAUGUUGAAGUCGACUUGUAAGCUCGGCCAUAUACUUCUCGGCCACAUACUUCUCGGCCACAUAGUUUUCGGCCACCCUACCCACCACGCGUCAUCUUCAAUUAACGCUCUAUAUUAUCACAACCACUUUGUUAAAAUGGAUACCCGUGAGCUUGCUAUACAGUCUGCGCUUCGUGAUCUCGAUUCUGGUGUUUUUAAGAGCCAGCGGCAGGCUGCUCGUGCGUACGGAGUUCCUCGAUCCACGCUUCAAAGCCGCCUACAGGGCUGUCAACCUCACACGUCAGCACACUCAAAACAGCAGCGACUGACUCCAGAGCAAGAGCGCUUCUUAGU